GAUUGAUAGAUUUUGUAAAGUCCAUUGAGGCAAGGGUCAGGGCGCAAGCUCUCUGCAAUUACAAUCUACAGUUGCGAUCAACUUCGAACCCACUGUAUCUGCAGUACUAAAGAGAUUGUUUUUACAAUUUAUUUAUUUGUAGUGACUGGCUGUUGUUUGAAGAAUCAUGUCGAGACUUGUGGAGUGUGUUCCAAAUUUUUCCAAUGGGCAAAGUCAAAAGGUUAUUGAUGCCAUUGCUGACGCCAUUUCACAAUCUAAAGGCUGCUCGCUGCUGGACGUGGACCCUGGCCAGUCCACUAAUCGGACGGUUUACACGUUUGUUGGCUCUCCAGAGGCUGCAGUGAAUGGGGCACUGAAUGCUGCUAAGGUGGCCUUUCAACUCAUUGAUAUGGCAACACACAAAGGUGAACAUCCCAGAUUGGGUGCUUUGGAUGUGUGUCCCUUCAUCCCAGUGCGUAACGUCUGCAUGGAGGAAUGUGUUCAGUGCGCAAAUGAGUUUGGGAAACGGCUUGCGGAAAUGCUGGAAGUACCUGUUUAUUUGUAUGGAGAAGCAGCUCGUGAUGAACGGCGCAGAGCACUGCCCAGCAUUCGUGCUGGUGAAUACGAGGGCCUAAAGGCAAAGUUGCAGAAUUCUGACUGGGCUCCUGAUUUUGGCACGGCAACCUUUAUUCCACGUUGGGGAGCCACGGUAACCGGAGCACGGAAUUUCCUCAUUGCAUACAAUGUUAAUCUCUUGAGCACGAAGGAGCAAGCGCACCGUCUCGCACUGAACAUCCGAGAACAGGGGCGUGGGAAGGACCAGCCAGGACGUAUGAACAAAGUGCAGGCUAUUGGCUGGUACUUGGAGGAGGCCAAUAUUGCCCAGGUGUCUACUAACCUGCUUGAUUUUGAAGUGACUGCACUGCAUGCAGUAUUUGAAGAAGUUCGUAAGGAUGCUGAGGAUUUGGACUUGCCGGUGGUGGGUUCUCAAAUUGUAGGCCUCAUCCCAUUGAAAGCCAUGAUCGAUGCUGCAGAAUUUUACAUGAAGAAGGAAAACUUGUUUCUUCUCGAAGAGGAGCACAAAAUCCGAUUGGUAGUAAAUCGCCUGGGGCUGGAUUCUCUUGCUCCUUUCAAUGCUAAAGAAAGAAUAAUUGAGUACAUGAUCAGGGAUGAGAAGGAAGAGGGCUGCCUAAUUUCUUUACCCUUGCGGAAAUUUAUCCAGAGCGUUGGAGCACGGACCGCAGCCCCAGGGGGAGGUUCCGUUGCUGCUGCCGUGGCUGCCAUGGGUGCAGCAUUGGGCUCUAUGGUUGGGCUGAUGUCCUACGGGAAACGACAAUAUGAACAUCUGGAUGGAACAAUGAGGAGGCUGAUUACUCCAUUUCAUCACGUCAUGAAUGACCUUAUUGCUAUGGUGGAUGAUGACUCCAACGCAUUUAACAGCUACAUGGCUGCCCUCAAGAUGCCCAAAUUGACACCAGUGGAAAGAGAAAGGCGUGAAGCGGCAAUACAGGAUGGUUUGAAAAAGGCUGUCCUGGUCCCACUGGGCUUGGCAGAGAGAGUAACCAGCCUAUGGCCAUUCCUACGAGAGAUGGCAAUGUUUGGAAAUUUUGGUUGCAAAUCUGAUCUGCAGGUUGCUGCCAAAGCUUUGGAACUGGGCAUAUUUGGGGCAUUUUACAACAUCAUGACAAACCUGAAGGACAUCAAAGAGGAAGACUUCAAUACCAAGACUCGGAAGAGGGCUUGUGACCUCCUGGAACAGGCUAAAUUGAACACAGUGCAGAUUUUGGAUCUGAUCGAUAAACGGCAAGAAUCAGGAAAAGAGUGAGAAACCAGACAGCUGCUACUGACUGACACUACUGAUGACAGAUACUCCAUUACAGCUUUCUUCAGAAGCUCGUCAGGGAUGUGUCCCCAAUUCAAGUGUUUAUGUGCAUCAGCAGAGGUGAAUAAAGAAUAAUAUUGUUCAUUACAUGUGUGA